UUAAUAAUAAGCCGAUGCCCUCCUUGUCACUGUCAUCUUCCUUUCGCCCUCGCUGCUUCUUCUCCUACUGCAGAGAGAGAGAGAGAGAUGAGAUUGUUAGCGCACAACAUGCUGUCGUGCAACAUAAAGGGAGUGACGAAUGGAUUUCCUCUUCGGAUCGAGGCCGAGAAGGUGAUAGAGAAGGAGGUCGACUUCAACCCUGAUUUCCUCAGGCACAUGUUCGCCAAAAUCGAUUGGAAGGCUCUCGUCGAGGCGGCGCGUUCCUUGGGCUACGCAGAACUUCCGGAGACGGCGCCAGAUGCGGCGGCGCUGGAUUCCGACGAUCCCUUUCUCCGGCGGUUCCACCACGCGUUGCUUGAGCUCCACCUCGAGGAAGGCGCCCUCGUCUGCCCGGAGACCGGACGGAAGUUUCCGAUCAACAAAGGAAUCCCCAACAUGCUUCUCCACGAGGACGAGGUUUGAUUCGGAUGUUGUUAUUGUCCUUGUAAGUUUCCCUGUCUAGGGUUUAGGGAGGUCGGGCAUGGCUAGGGUUUUUGGGACCCUGCUGAUGUUGGUGUUGUUAAACCAUUGAUGAGAUGCAAUACAAUGCGAUUUUCUCGAAACAGGUUGUUCCAUUUCAUCUUU